AUGUUCGCAGCAGCCACUAAGAACUUUGUGAAGCAGGUUGGAGACACAGGGAGGUUGAUCCCCGUCCCGGGCCUGAGCGAGGCCGACCGCUAUCAGCCACUCAGUCUCGUGACCAGGAAGAGGAAGAAGCAUUUCUGGAAGAAGAACAAGUACGCCUCGACCCCCUUCUCACUGAAAGACAUCCUGGUAGGGGAGAAAGAGAUCACAGCAGGAGUGUCUUCUUAUCAGCUGCUCAACUAUGAGGACAAAUCAGAUGUAGCCCUCAACGGUCGAUUAGGAAACCACCUCAUCAACGAUGUGGGGUUCAACAUCAGCGGAUCAGACUCUGUGGCUGUCAAAGCCUCCUUCGGCAUUGUGACCAAACACGAGCUGGAAGUGCCUACUUUACUGCGUGAACUCAACUCUAGGAAAGUUGACUUGGAUCACUGCCUGGUUCGACAGUCCAAGGAGAGCGGACGGACCGUUCUCUGUGUCGUGGUAGAGAGCAUCCGCACCACACGUCAAUGUUCUCUGACUGUCCACGCUGGAAUGAGAGGGACUACCAUGAGGUUUCAGAUUGACGACGGCAGAAAUCCCAAAGGACGAGACAAGGCCAUCAUCAUCCCUGCUCACACCACCAUUGCCUUCAGCAUCUGCGAGCUGUUUGUUCGACUGGACGGGCGCCUAGAUAUAUGUGUAGCCCCAGAGUCGCAAGGGGGAUUUGAGCGGGAGCAGAUCAGGGAACAGCUUGGUGGUUUCAUCGGUCACUUCUCCAUGGGUCGAUUGCGCCGGUUCCUGUCUGGCAUUGUCUAUGGAAACCCCUUCAGAGCAGAUAACAGAACGUUUGAGGAGCUCACCCACUCUGACACCUACAUGGACGACAUGGUUACCGACUACUAUGAGAAAGCCGCCAGCAUGACGGACGUGUCCACUGCUUACCUGAGAGACAGCACCCACACACGGGUCAACCUCCUCAAACACAACAUCCCCAAGGGGCCCUGUGCCCUCUGCGGCAUGGGUAACCAGAAGCGGGAAACUGUUUACGGCUGUCUGGAGUGCUCGUCUGCAGGCCUGAAAUAUGUUCGGCUGCACGUGGUGCCCUGUUUCGACCUCUGGCACAAAACGAUGAGGUGAAAAAGAGAAGUGCUUACACUGUGAGAAACUUUGUUUAUCAGUUGUUUUUCUGUUGGUGCAAGAUACUACAUGUGCAACUGUUUACCAAGCUGUUUUUGAGAUAUUUAUUCCUGUAGUCCAAGUCCUGAAAACAGGACAUGGACAUGACUAUGUACAACGCCUUGUGCCGUUACCUCAGCAACAGCUAACUGUUAUUCUAAAAGAUACAAAUAAACUUUGUGUUAUCUCUUACUUUGCGGUGUCAUGUAUGGUAUAGUUUUCAGUUUACCUUUAGUACCACCUCAUUUCUACAUGUGUGCUGUAUGUGAACUGUGGCUGCCAGAUGCUAAAUUAUUCAGCAGGAGUAUUGGAUGAAAAUGGACCGGAGGGAUUGUGUGAAGGCCACCGAAGGUCUGGUUUUGUUCUGUUCCAAGUGUGUCAUUUAUUUUGAGAAGCCCUUUUUGUUUUUACUGUUUGUAGUGUGUGUUAUACAGUUUAUGUGAAGUUGUAGAGGAUGAGUAAAGGCCUCUUUAAACUAUCCUUCACUUUGAUAGCAGCUUGUGAGUCUUGUAGUAACUAGGAUAAUAGCACAAUGAAUUUGCCUUAAUUUCCCUUGAGUCUCUCUCUUGCUUUACGGACACCAUAAUAUUUACCUUAGAUAGCAUCUAGAUAAUGAUUGCUAACAUUACUUAGCAUUAGCUACCAUAAGCUACUGGUCAUACCAGACCAAGUCAGGCUGUCGCAGUGACCACCAUAAAUAUACGGAUUUAAUAAACUAUUAAACUAUUUGUCUUAUUGUCUAUCUUUUGUAAAGGAAAGAUUGUGUUAUUUCUAUUUGUAAAACUUACAUAGUCUCACUU